AAUUAGAGCGGGGAGGGCGGCGGCGGAGGCGGCAUUUGCCGCGUUAGCCCUUCUGCCCCCCCCAGCCCCGUCUCGGAGAACAGGAGGCGCGGUGCAAGAUGCCGUUUCCUACGGGGGGCUCCACCUGACGCACUCCUGCCUGCCUGGGCCUGUCCCUCCUCGCCCCACUCCUCCUUCCUCAAGGCCUGUCCUGGGAUAUGGUGUGUGGGGAGGGGGGGUCGUCCUUCCCCCUCGCUUCCCCCAGACCAGCGAGCAAGGCCGCGCCGGGGCCCGACUCUCCACCCCACCCCCCACUCCCGGGCAGCCUUUCGGGCCUCCUCGCCGUCGAGGUCGUUGCUUCUCCGCCGCCGCGUGACCGCGAUUGGGACCCGCUCCGCCCAUGCAGCUCCUGGCCCUGGUGUGGCGGAGGCUGCUGCGCAAACGCUGGGUGCUGGCGGUGGUCUUCGGCCUCUCCCUGGUCUGCUUUCUCAGCAGCACCUUCAAGCAGGAAGAAAGAGUGCUCCGAGGUUGGAAUGUCCCCCAAAUGCAAGAUGAAGAUCAUCCAAUUGCAUGGAAAGUACAGUUUAGCCUAGGAAACAACAGCCAGUCAAGUAACCAAUGUCGAAACUCCGUUCAAGGGAAACUGUUGAUUACAGAUGAAUUGGGUUACAUCUGUGAAAGAAAGGAUGUGCUUACAAAUGGUUGUUGCAACAUUGAAGCACCCAGUGCAAAGCAGUUCAGCUGUGACACUUGCUUGCCCAGUGGAUGCUGCAGUGUGUAUGAGGCCUGUGUUUCUUGCUGCCUGCAGCCUAAUAAACAACAACUCUUGGAAGAUUUUCUGAACCGAGCGGCAGUGGCCUUCCAAAACCUUUUUAUGGCUGUGGAAGAUCACUUUGAGUUGUGUCUGGCAAAAUGCAGGACGUCAUCACAGAGUGUGCAACAUGAAAAUACCUACCGCAACCCAGUCGCCAAGUAUUGCUAUGGCGAGUACCCCCCGGACCUCCUAGCUAACUGAAAGCUACAAGGAAACUGGUGCUGAUACAGCAGAAACUGGAUCAAUGCUGUCUUGAUAAAUAGAGCGGCAUUGCUUGUGCUGACCCAUUUGACCUGCCUUCUACUGCAGGAUCCAACUUAACCUCAUGGAAGAACCUACCUUGGAUUGUUAGCUUGCUUACAUCUUUCCUGCUUUUGGAAAAUGGACCACUGAGAAACGUUUCCAAUGAUGACACCAGAGGACGAUAUGUAGGCCUCACAUUUGGCCAAACUUCUUUCUGAAUUAUGUGAAAUGUAUAUAUACAUCCCUGUACCUUAUGACCUUUCUCAGAAAGAUAGAUAAAUGGAGCUAAGAGGAAAAGACAGUGAACCCAUUAGAUGAGAGAAUGCCAAACUCAUGGUGGAGCAUAGUGGAGGUAGAGAAGAUACCUUGCAUCCUUGAUGCAAAUUGUUCUGUAUAAAUAAGAUUUAUUUAUUGCAAUUCAUAUGGGCAGGGUUUUGUUGCUUGGUUCGAGAUGUAUUUGAUGAAUUUUGAAGCUGGUGUGAGAAGAAAGGUGAUUUUUAACUAAGGAAGAGUUCAUGGAAGGCAUUUUUUUCUGGGAUUAAUUUUCCUACAUGUACUGAUUCACCUUUUCCACAAUGUAUGGAUUUCAUUCUUUCAUACAAUGCUGAUUGUUUUCUGUUAAGGAAGCUUCACAGUACUAGGAAAAAGGGAUUUCUGCAAGCACACAAAUGAAGAUGUCAUCAUUAAAUGUAAUUACUGGCUCUUUUGUUGUUGGGGAAUAUAUUCCUAGAAUAUCUGGUCUGUAAAUGCAUUCAGUAUCUUCAGUAGAAGAUACUUCCACUGGCUUUCAAUUCAGCAUGAUUUUGUAACACCAGCUGUGCAGGGCAGCCCUUGGGUUAUUUGAGAUUUAUUUUACUCCCUCCAGUGACAAAAGGUGAUUGGGACACAACUAAAUAUUUGGUGAUGCCACCAUUUCCUUCUCCUGUUUUACUGAAGCUGAAACUGCCAGGGAUUUUAAAAUAGCUAAUGAAAUCUCCCUGGCUGUGAUACUGUACUCUUAAUCUGAUUGGGGAACAGUGAUCUGCUGUGUUUACAGGUAAAGCAUCAUACAGGAUUCCAUAAGACAAAUGAAAAAAUGUGGAUGCCUAGAGUUUGGAAGGCCUGGGGAAAAGAAAUUGAAAAACUGUCCCCUCCCCCAUUGUUAAAAGCCUUUUUUGUUGUUUUUUUCAAAAGAACUGGAAAAAUUAAUGUUGAAUAAAGUCUCAGAAGUCUGUCAUUAAGAUCUUCAUGUUAUACAUUUUGAAUAUCAUGUCGUAGACAUAUUAUUUACCACUGUAAAAGAACAUAUUCCACACUAUAUUUUUUCGAUUUUUCUAGACAAAACCAAAAAAUGGCUUUGGAAAAAAAACUGUUUUCCCCUAGUUUUUCUGUUAUUUCCCCAGGCCUUUCUAUUUCUAGGGAUGUCUCAAACAAACAAACAAACAAACAAACAAAAAACCAUAAUUAUGAAACUAGACCUCAGAUCAGCACCAAAUUUGACAUGGAUGUAGCAGAAAGUCCGCUCUCGCUCUGUGCCAAGUUUGGGGACAUUUGGGCAAAGGAUUUUUGAAUUGUGAUUUU